AUCAAACUACGAGCUUUUAGAAGAGCAGAAUUCUCAUUCCUUGAGCGAGUGCGCCGCGAUAUGUCAACGGGAGUGCGUCGUCUUUGGUUUUAACCCUGAAAUGAAAAAAUGUCGUACCCACAAGAAAAGAUUAACGUCUGGGAUGUCUGAUGAGGCCGGUUGGAGAUACUACUCGGAUAACGAUUAUGUUUUCUCUGCCAUGCCCAAAGAUUGUAACGAACUUUGUGAAGAAGGACAAGCUACUACAGGGGUGUAUGAUAUAUACCCCUACAGUACACUAACCAUUCCAAUAAGUGUAUACUGCGAUAUGACGACGAAGGGUGGGGGAUGGACGGCCAUUCAGAAACGCGUAGAUGGAUCCGUGAGCUUUGACAGGAACUGGACGGAAUAUAUAAAUGGUUUUGGUUCACCAGAACAAAAUUUCUGGGUUGGAAAUGACAUAAUCCAUCAAUUAACAAAAGAAAAAUCAUCCCUAUAUGUGUCCAUAACUCUCCAGAAUGGUACAACGCUUUAUGAAAUGUACGACGGAUUUUCUGUCUCCAACGAAGCUGGAAAAUAUCAGCUCUUUCUUGAGGGACCUGCCACGGGAACCUUAGGAGACAGUAUGUUAGACACUGGUUAUGGUAAUGACGAUCUGUCCGGGAUGUCCUUCACCACCCCAGAUAGGGAUAAUGACAGAUGGAGUGAUAAUAACUGUGCUGCUUACUGGAAAGGAGGCUGGUGGUUUAACUGGUGUCAUCAAGCCUAUCUAAACGGUGAAUGGUCCCCGGGGUACUGGUACAGACCAUGGUAUCCCACAAUAGAGUGGGGGACAUCAGUGAAGGGGACCACCAUGAUGAUCAGACGUCACUAGGUAAACAUCAUUAAAUCUUAAUAACAAUUUGUUUUUCUUUUUGUAUCACUGUGAAAAUUUCAAAUGAUUAUAAGAGGUUUUUCAAAGUAAAAAAUGUUCUUA